UUGGCCCAAACAGAGGUAGUGCGAAAGUUAUAGGACUCUUAAUUGCGUCCUGUUCACGGGACGAUUCUUCACCGCAUACGGCGCAGGCCCAUUCGUUUCUUAUGACGAUAUGAUAGCAUGGUUUAACCACAAGUUUGACGUAUCUCAGCGGAUGAAGAAAGCGCCUCUCGACGCUCUGCAGUUCGACAGCUCGUGGCCACCAGUCUUUGCACACAAAGACUUGUGUCCCCGGAACAUUUUGUUAGCACGCGAUAGCACGUUGUAUGUCUUGGACUGGCACAGAUCUGGGUUUUACCCUGCAUGGUUCGAGUAUGCCAGCAAGCGCUGUGACGUGCACUUCAAGUCAUGUUUAUGGGACCUUCUGAUUCCCUUUAUCUCUCACACCAUUUCCAGUCGCACACGAAAGCUCGUAGCGGAGUACCAAAGCAACAUUGGGUGGGCACUUCACAUCGGUGCUUUUAUUGUGUAGUACUUGACGUGUGCACUAAUACCAAGUGCCAUGACGUGCAAGUCAGCAUCGUGCACUGUGCUAACUUGACCGUACCAGUCCACGGUGAUUGCAAUCAGCAAAUUGCUGCUUGAGCUGCGUCACGACAGAUGGCAGCUUGGAUUGUGAUGCACUUCAGACAUGUAAGCAGCAUGCACGACAUAGAUGGCAACAGUCUCGAGUUUCUGCUUCAUACAUUAGGUUUCAAU